AUGGCUCAGUCGUGGCUGGGGCUUCUUGCUCUACUUUCUCCUGUUGCAUUUGCGGCCCAGAACUACAAACCCAUUGCAUACAAUGUGGGCUCCGGUCCUGAUAUUGAUGGUUUGAUUAGUUAUACUGGUGAAAGGAUUACACUGAAUAGUACUCACCCUGUCUUGACAUUGGACUACGGGGCGGAGGUUGGAGGGUUCCCUUAUCUGCAGACUGAGAGCCCGGAUCAAGCUGUACAAAUUGAACUUAAGUAUAGUGAGCCUUUUGGUGGAUUACAACUACCAUACGGAGAUGGUCCAUGGUUGUUCGUCAAUGGUCUUGCAAACUCCUUUCGCACUGAAACUUUCAACAUCACCAAGGCAGGGAAGACCGAAGCUCUUCUUCUCCAAGGUGGCUUGCGUUGGCAAUCCAUCACCGUUCUUGGGCAGUCAUCAUUGACUAUUAACGAUAUCGGACUCCGCCCAUCCGUCAUUAUCAAGGAAACAGACUCGUUACCGGGUAGCUUCUCGACUUCAAAUUCAAGCUAUCAGGAUGUCUGGGAUCUUGGAGCUCGCGCCGUGCAAGCAGCUUGUUAUGAUGCUGGAUCCCAACCUUCAACGUGGCAGAUUACUGAAGACGGUGCCUUUAUUCAAGGUCAAUAUCCUGCUGUCUCGGCUCAGGGUGAUGGCUUUUCAAACUACACACUCGAGUUUCAAACGAAGAUCACUACCGGUGGGACUGGAUGGCGUGUUGCGGGUGGCGCAAAUGGUGGAUACGGUUCAUAUUUCGUUUUAACUUCGAAUGGCCCUACACUGCAAAGCUCAAAUAUUACUGCUCUUCCGAGGAACAGCCUUGUCGCUGGUUAUGGCUAUAGUAUUAUCAAUCAGACUAUUUUGUCCUCGGCUCCGCCGCGCACUUAUGAUGUGUCUGGAAUCAGCAUUGAGGAGAAUACAUGGCAUACUGUUCGGACAACUAUCAAUUCGACUGGAUACGCUGUUUCUGUCAAUGGAAAGAACGUCGCAUUUGUCACUAGUGCCCCAUUCCAAGGCUACAUCAACACGGGUUGGGGCCCUGAUGGCCUGACUGGUGGUACAUUCGGCUUUGGACCAUUUAUGAACCAUGCAGCAUACUUUAAGAACGUGACUGUCACAGCAGAAAACGGGACUUUGAUUUAUUCUAACCAGAUGACAUCAAACGAUACCCUUGAGGAGUAUGCGAUUGCAAGUAACUCGUAUGCAGUCUGUCUCGAUGGCGCUAAACGAGACCGAGCUAUUUGGAUUGGUGAUUUUGCACAUACUGCUCGCAUCAUUGCAUCUAGUAGCGGUCGCUAUGAUUAUAUUCAGAGCAUGAUUGAUUUUGAAUUCGAUUGGCAAUAUCCGCCUGGUCCUGCGUAUGGCCUUGUACCUAUUCAGGCUUAUAUGGGUGCUGGGAAAGAAUAUCGCGAAGUUUACUAUCCGUCUGAAUUUGGGGAGACGGAUUAUCAGUUUUUCUUCCUUUUGACGUUGGGAGAUUACUUUGCACUCACGAACGAUACUAAGACUAUUGAGAAGUAUUGGGCUGGUACGAAGCUGUUAGUGGAUACCGUUGUCGAUCGAUAUCUUGAUACAGCUUCGGGGUUAAUGGCGAGUGCCGAUGCGUCUUGGUUUACGGCUCAGGGAACACAAAACGCGACCGCGCCUACUGCCUUGUUUGUCGUUGCUAUGAAUCAGCUUGUUAAUGUUGCGAAGGUAAUGGGAGAUAUCGAUACUGCGACAUCUUGGGGACAGUUGUCUGGUAAUGCUAGUAAUGCUAUCAACGCACUGUUGUGGAAUGAGGAUAUCGGUGCUUACAGCUUAUCUCUGCCGCAGCCUAAUGAUACUGCUAUCCUAGCAACUGCGUUCACUAUUCGUGGUGGCAUCGCAUCCCCAGAGCGUGUUGCAACUAGUAUAUCCCGUCUUAGUGAUGUCUUCUUGAACAUCGGAUAUAAAGAUAACUCUGCAACGGGAAACAGUCCCAACACACAACUAUCGCCCAAUACACAGGGGUUCCUGUUCGAAUCUCUUUUCCUCGCUCACAUGAAAUACAAUGCUACCAUUGAGAGUGUUCUUCCGGCGAUUCAGGUACUAGCAGAGACCUUUUGGCCGAAGAUGGUCACUCAGAAUGAGUAUUACACUGGCGCUAGCUGGGAGUAUUUGUAUGCGGAUGGUAGUCCGGGCAUUGGCAUUUUUACAAGUCUUGCUCACCCGUGGGGCGGUGCGGCGACUUAUAUCUUCUCGAAUUAUAUUCUUGGGGUGAGGACUGAGUGGGAUGGUGGUGUUGGGAAGUAUGUUUGGGUUUUUGAUCCGGCGUGGGAUGUUGUAAGGGGAUUGGGAUUGGAAUGGGUGAGGGGGGAUGUGCCCUUGUUUGGUGGGGGGUAUAUUCGGGCUGAAUGGAAUUUGUCUUCGACUACUGCGCCCUCGAUGGAUGCUCGUGUGAUUGGGAAUGAUGAUGUGCAGGUAGAAGUUAGGGAAGUCUGA